AUGGACACGACCAUGGAGGAUGCCGGCAAGGCAGAGCAUGCCCUCGGUGUAUCUACAGACCCACCACCGAUCUCGACCGUGGACGGAUGGAUCGAGAAUCUCAUGGCGUGCAAGCAGCUGGCGGAGGAAGAUAUUCGAAGGCUUUGCGAAAAGGCGCGAGAAGUGCUGCAAGACGAGUCCAACGUUCAGCCGGUCAAAUGUCCCGUCACAGUAUGUGGUGACAUUCACGGCCAAUUUCACGAUCUCAUGGAGCUUUUCAAGAUCGGUGGCCCCAACCCCGACACCAACUAUCUCUUCAUGGGUGACUAUGUUGAUCGGGGUUACUUUUCGGUGGAGACGGUGACUCUGCUGGUCGCAUUGAAGAUUCGCUAUCCCAGCCGCAUCACGAUCCUGCGUGGCAACCACGAAAGUCGUCAAAUCACACAAGUGUACGGCUUCUACGACGAGUGCUUGCGCAAGUACGGCAACGCCAAUGUCUGGAAAUUCUUCACAGACCUUUUCGACUACCUUCCACUGACAGCUUUGAUUGACAAUCAAAUCUUCUGCUUACACGGUGGCCUGUCGCCGAGCAUUGAUACUUUGGACAACAUCCGUGCACUCGACCGAAUUCAGGAAGUCCCGCAUGAGGGUCCUAUGUGUGAUCUGCUAUGGUCAGAUCCCGAUGACCGAUGCGGAUGGGGAAUAAGCCCGAGAGGUGCUGGUUACACCUUCGGGCAGGAUAUCAGUGAGGCGUUCAAUCACAACAACGGCCUGACCCUGGUCGCUCGUGCACAUCAAUUGGUCAUGGAAGGUUACAAUUGGAGUCAAGACCGUAACGUGGUGACCAUAUUUUCUGCACCCAAUUACUGCUACCGCUGCGGCAAUCAAGCGGCCAUUAUGGAGAUUGACGAACACCUCAAGUACACCUUCUUACAAUUCGAUCCUUGCCCACGGGCUGGCGAGCCCAUGGUGUCUCGACGUACACCAGAUUACUUCUUGUAG